GAGCGGGAAGAGCCGGCCCGGAGCCUGCGGGCUGCACCGGCCCCGCCGCCCCUGGUCGCUGUGCCUCCACCCCGCGGGCAGGACCCCGCGGCUGCCGCCAUGGCCCAGCGGCGCUCGGACGGCUCGCUGGAGGAGCAGCUGCUGGAAGGCCGCUUCCACUCGGAGCUGCGGCUGGACGCCCAGGGGAACCCCGAGCCGCGGCUCCCGCUGGUCCGGAGCCCCCUGCAGGGCCGGAGCAACGCCGUCUUCCAGCCGGACUCCCCGGGGGCCCCGGCCUCGUCCCCGGAGGCCCGGGAGCCGCGCCCCGUGGUGCUGAGCACGCAGAGCCCCGCGGCCCUCAAGCUGGGCACCGCGCAGCUCAUCCCGCGCAGCCUGGCCGUGGCCAGCAAGGCCCGGGCCCCCGCGCGCCACCAGAGCUUCGGCGCGGCCGUGCUCAGCAAGGAGGCCGCCCGGCGGGAGCCCCGGCUCCUGGCCGCCCCCAGCUUCUCCCUGGACGACAUGGACGUGGACGCGGGCCCCGGGGGGGCGCUGUCCCGGAACCUGCGCAGCCAGUCCUACCGCGCGGCCAUGAAGGGCCUGGGGGCGCUGGGCGGCGAGGCGGCCCCCGUGCAGCUCAGCCCCAAGCUCCACGCACUGGCCGAGGAGGCCCCGCCACCCGCCCGGCCCUCACCCAGACACAAGAGGACGCUGGGGCGGAAGCGCGCGCACAAAGGCUCCUUUAAGGACGACCCCCGGUUCUACCAGGAGAUCCGGGAGCGGGGCCUGACCACCAGCCAGGAGUCCGACGACGACCUGCUGGACGAGCCAGGCAGCCCCGAGCAGGCGCGGACGGUGGGCGCCCCCAUCGUGGUCAAGAGCUUCCGGGCCCCCCAGGUCACCUGGAGCCAGCUCCCCGAGGUGGUGGAGUCGGGCGUCCUGGACACGCUGCCGGCUGAGGAGCGCAAGAGGCAGGAGGCCAUCUUCGAGAUCCUGACGUCCGAGUUCUCCUACCAGCACAGCCUGGGCAUCCUGGUGGCCGAGUUCCUGCAGUGCCGGGAGCUGCGGGCCACCAUGACACAGACGGAGCACCACCACCUCUUCUCCAACAUCCUGGACGUGCAGGCCGCCAGCCAGCGGUUCUUCGAGGCCCUGGAGCGGCGGCACAAGGCGCAGGUGUGCGUGGAGGACAUCAGCGACAUCCUGGAGGAGCACGCGGAGCGGCACUUCCACCCCUACGUGGCCUACUGCUCCAACGAAGUCUACCAGCAGCGCGCCCUGCAGAGGCUCACGAGCAGCAACGCCGCCUUCCGGGACGCCCUCCGGGAGAUCGAGCGGCGGCCGGCGUGCGGCGGGCUGCCCAUGAUCUCCUUCCUCAUCCUCCCCAUGCAGAGGGUCACCCGGCUGCCCCUGCUGACCGACACACUCUGCCUCAAGACCCAGGGCCACCCCGAGAGGUACAAGGCGGCCAGCCGCGCCUUCAAAGCCAUGAACAAGCUGGUGAAACAGUGCAACGAGGGGGCCCACAAGAUGGAGCGCAUGGAGCAGAUGUGCACGCUGCAGACGCAGCUGGACUUCGGCAAGGUCAAGUCCCUCCCGCUGAUCUCGGCCUCCCGCUGGCUGCUGAAGCGCGGGGAGCUGUUCGUGGUGGAGGAGACCGGGCUGUUCCGCAAACUCGCCAGCCGGCCCACGUGCCACCUGUUCCUGUUCAACGAUGUGCUGGUGGUCACCAAGAGGAAGAGCGAGGACAGCUUCGUGGUCCAGGACUACGCCCACGUGGACCACCUCCAGGUCCAUAAGCUGGAGGCCACGGAGCUCCCCCCGGCCGGCGGUGGCAACCGCAGCUCCUCGGUGCCGCACCCCUUCCAGGUGACGCUGCUGCACAACAGCGAGGGCCGCCAGGAGCGCAUCCUGCUGUCCUCCGACUCCGCGAGUGACCGUGCCCGCUGGAUCACGGCGCUGACCCACCGGGAGCAGCAGUGGCUGGGCCUGGCCAACAAGGGAGACCUGCCGCAGGUGGAGGUCACCAAGGCCUACUUCGCCAAGCAGGGGGACGAGCUCUCGCUGCAGCAGGCCGACGUGGUGCUGGUCCUGCAGCAGGAGGACGGCUGGCUCUUCGGCGAGCGGCUGCGGGACGGCGAGACGGGCUGGUUCCCGGAGGACUUCAUCCAGAGCAUCACCAGCCACGUGGCCGUGGAGGGCAACGUGCGCCGGAUGGAGCGGCUGCGCGUGGAGACGGACGUGUAGCGCCUGCCAGCCCGCCCGCUGGGCUCCGCCGCACCACACCCGCCAGCGCUGGGCCGGGCCCGGGCACAGCGACCCGUCCCAGGAGCCUACGUCCUGGACCUCCCCGGGGGCCGAGCCUGCAGCCGUGGCUUCAGAUCGGCUCAUGGGGCCACGCAGCCCCAACCCUGGCCCGUUCCCGGGAGGAGCCCAGCGGCCGUGGCCUCUGCACGCCCCCCCCCCCCCAGCUCCCACCAGGCUUCCCGCCCCGAGCACUCAGAACUGUGCCACCAUCCCUGCCCCGAGCACUCAGAACUGUGCCACCGUGACGUGGAAGGACCCUGAGAAUGGGCUGGCGUGGCUGCCCGCCUCCCGCCCCCUCGUGCCUGUGUGCACAAGAGACCUCGCACCCGGACUGCUGCCCCGGAGGGUGGGUGGGGACCGUAGGCCGGCGCACACUGUGACUGCACUCUCUGGGACACUGAAGAGCUGGUGUGACACCCGUUCCCACGCACAGCUGGGCCGCGCCAGCCACAGGAGCCCCGUGCCGGAGGGGGGCGGCCCGCGUGCGGGCCCUGUGCUGGGUCACUCGCCCGAAAACCUGCACCUCCCAGCCCCUGGGGAGGGCGGCAGCCGCGGCCCUCAGUGCCGGCCUGGCAGUCAGCGGAGGAGUGGCUGUGGGGCCUCCGUGCCACGGCCUGGGGGGCCUCAGUGCCACGGCCUGGGGGGGCCUCAGUGCCACGGCCUGGGGGGCCUCAGUGCCACGGCCUGGGGGGGCCUCAGUGCCACGGCUUUCGUGUUUCCCCCAAACACAGCCAUGCCCCGUUCCCGAAGAUCCCGGCACACGGUUGUCCAUGUUCCGUCUUCAGUAUCACGCCCUGGUGGGUCUGCCGUUAAUGUCCUUUCUGUACAUUUCUCCUCGCUUGACAUUCAAACGAUCGACAGUCUUGCU